GCUAGGAAGCGGCAAGGCAGUCGGAGAAGGUUUUACCCGAGAGUUAAGGCAAAAAAUCCGCAAGCAGGGCGAAAGAGGCGCGUCCCGCGGGGAGAAGUCCGUCCGGAGUUUUGGAGAGCGUGGGAGAAAUCCGGAUCCUCAGCUCUAGAAAAGAUCUCUCUAUUCCGUCUGGCGCCAGUUAAAAGACGAAAGACCCAGGAUGGAUAAAUAUAAAGCUCUGGAACAACUGUUGACAGAACUUGAAGAUUUUCUGAAGAUUCUAGAUAAAGAGAACCUCAGCAGCACAGCUGUAGUCAAAAAAGGUUUUCUGGCUGACCUCCUUCGGCUGUGCACAAAAUCAAGUGGUGGUGAUGAAGAAUACAUUUAUAUGAACAGAGUAACCAUAAAUAAACUACAUGGGGAACCAGAAAAAGCCAACAAAGGUUACCAAGAUUCCUUGACUAAUGGAGAAAUGGAGCAGUAUUUGUAUCCUCCACAGAAAAGUUUGCCAGAUCUUCCACAUUCAAAAAUAAUUCCAGAAUCAAAACUACAUUCAGGCCUCAAAAACGAAUCUCCAGAAGGAUACUAUGAAGAAGCUGAGCCUUACAGUGUUUCUAUGAACGAUGAUGAAGCAGUCAGCAGCUCCUAUGAAUCCUACGAUGAAGAAGAGAGCAGUAAAGGCAAGUCAGCCCCUCAUCAGUGGCCAUCGCCUGAAGCAUCUAUUGAACUUAUGAAAGAUGCCCGGAUCUGUGCUUUUCUCUGGAGAAAGAAAUGGUUGGGCCAGUGGGCCAAACAGCUUUGCAUGAUUAAAGACAACAGACUGUUGUGCUACAAGACUUCCAAAGACCAUAGUCCUCAACUGGAUGUUAAUUUGGUAAGCUGCAGUGUCAUUCACAAGGAGAAGAAUCUGAGAAAGCAAGAACAUAAGCUGAAGAUCAUUCCUAUGAAUGCAGACGUGAUUGUCUUGGGUUUGCAAAGUAAAGACCAAGCAGAACAAUGGCUCAGAGUAAUCCAAGAAACAAGUGGUCUCUAUCCAGAGGGGCCGUGUGAAGGAAAUCAGUACAUUCCAGACUUCCAGCGGUUCAAUAAUCCAAAAGUGGAGCCAUCAGAGAGUGGAAGCAACACUGAUGGUCACAUGGAGCUGGUGGAAACAAAAGAUGCUAAGAAGAAAUGCACACCUGGGUUAAAAUUUAGCAACCUGAUGAAUCUUGGGAGAAAGAAGUCUACUUCCAUGGACAGUCCAGAAAGAUCUUUGGAUACCAGCACAUAUUUAAAUGUACUGGUGAACAGCCAAUGGAAAUCCUACUGGUGCCAUGUGAAGGAUGGCCAGCUCCACUUCUACCAGGACAAAAACAGAAACAAAGCAGCUCAACCAGCUUUGAACUUGAUGGGAUGUGAAAUCAUCCCAGACCCAAGCCCCGACCACGUCUAUUCAUUUCGUAUCCUGCACAAGGGUGAAGAAUUGGCCAUGUUAGAGACAAAGUCUUCUGAAGAAAUGGGCCACUGGCUUGGUGUCCUUUUGUCCGAAUCUGGCUCUAAAACGGAUCCCGAGGACCUUACUUAUGAUUACGUUGAUGCUGACAGAAUUUCCUGCAUUGUCUCUGCAGCAAAAAAUUCAUUAUUUUUAAUGCAAAGAAAGCACUCUGAACCCAACACUUACAUUGACAACCUGCCAAAGAAAAUGGGGAACCAAGAAGAACUGUAUGAUGAUGUGGACAUUCCAGAGUCUACCAUGGAUGCUGUGUCUCCAAAUGAAAGUAAAUGUGAAGGGGAACAAGACAGAGUCUAUCUAGACCUCACUCCAAUGAAAUCCUUGCUGCAUGGAGCUGGUUCAAAGCAGGGUCAGUCUACACCUUCGGUGUCUCCACCUUUACAAAGAUCUAUGAGCAAGAGCUCGGUGGACUUUGAGAAAGACUCAGCCAUGGUGCAGAAAGAACCAGAACUAAACAGAAGUGCAAUGGAAAUUCCAGAGCAGAGGCCUACAGACAUAGAUGAGCUGCCACCUCCGUGGACAGGUACAGUAAAAAUCCAGACACAACAGCAGCAAAUUAUAUUUCCUCAGAGUGACCCUACUGUGGUUAUGGCUGCACCAAAGGAAAAAACAGAAAAGCCCAAAGUGAUGAAUCCAGCCCCUGUAGAAACAAAACUAGGCAAGAACAGAACGGAGGCUGAAGCGAAGCGAUAUUCAGAGGAGAGAGACCGUUUGGAGAAAGACAAAGAAGAAAUCCGCUCUCAGCUGGCAAAGCUUCGAAAAGAGAAAAGGGAGCUGAAAGAGAUGAUGGUGAACUGCUCAGAUAAGAAUAAGUUGUCUACAAUGGAACAGAAACUAAAAGAGAUAGAAGAAGAGUGUAAGAAGAAAGAAGAUCAGCGUGUUGACUUGGAGCUAAGACUUGUUGAAGCAAAAGAGAAUCUCAGGAAAGCAGAGUCUGGUCCAGUUACACUUGGCACCACAGUGGAUACCACACACAUGGAAAAUGCAAGUCCUAAAAUGAAAGUUGCUAAUCCUACGAAUAACCCAGAAAAUUCACCUGUCAAUUCAGCAGUGGCAUUAAAAAACCGUCCUUUAUCUGUCAUGGUCACAGGGAAAGGAACAGUUUUGCAGAAAGCAAAGGAAUGGGAAAAGAAAGGUGCUAGUUAGGAAAUCCUAGCCUCAAGAAAAGAAUGAAGAUUCAAAUUGGUUCUUUGUGGACUACAGAAGCCUACUGCCAGUAGCAAAAAUGUCCAGAUGAAGAAAGCAUGGCAAGUGGGGAACUGUAUCAUACUGUCUGGAAGAAACAAUGGACCUUGGCCAGAUGCCAGCAUGGCCUUCCUUAGACUAAGGCUGUUGCUCCUUUUAGCAGACUUGCACUGUGUAGCUAGGACAGAUAACCCAAAUGAAAACAGUACUUCUAACCUUACUGGUAUCCUGAAACUGUUGCUGUACAUAAGGAAGCUUUUGUCUACUUUUAGUAUGGUGUUUUAUCACUGUACAGUCUAGAAUUUGUCGUUAAAAUGACUUUUAGUUGGACCUGUUUAAUAUUUCUGUAGCAUACCAAGGCAUGACAGAAGACAGAGGAGGUAAAGUUGAGCUUCACAUCAGCCAUUUCUUUAGGAGAGAAGUUUUCUUAAUCAAUAAUGCAAAUUUGUAUGAUACUUCUAUGGAAUGCCCAACACAACAUCCACAGGAGAAAAUGUUAGGUGCUCCAGUUCAAAAGUUCAGCUGGCACACCAAGCUUAUUCAGAUGCCCUAAUUUCAGAUUAGGUGACCUAUUGCUCAGCAUAAUUACCUUAUAUGAUCCAUGGAUUUGAACAUGCCAUUUAUUUUAUUAAAUAAUUUUAUUACAGCAGUAUGGUGUAAUGGUUAAGGCAUCAGGCUAAAAAUUAGGGGACUGUGAGCCCUAACCCUGCCAGCUGGGUAACCUUGGGCCAGUCACUCUCUCAUUACUCUAGGAAGGAAGCAAUGGUGAACCACUUCAUCUUGGCAAGAAAACUGCAGGCAUUAGUUGCCCGUUCAUACUGAAUCAAAAGCACAAAUAAAAAUCUACUAUUUACACAGCAACUCAUAUUUAUAUAUGGUACAUAUUUAUAUAUGUCCUGAUCCCUGUGCAUGAGUAUGAGCUUUACUUUUGGAAAAAUAACACAGAUGAGUUCCUUCUUUAAACACCUGUAGUUGCGCACAUUUAAAGAUGUAAUAUGUAAAAUGUGUCUAAGUAAGGGAUGAUUCCAGUGCACUUCAGGGACAUUAAUACUUCAGGAUAGGAACUAAGCAUCAGCUACAUCUCUUUGUAUUCUCUGAGGUCAGUUUCACAGCAGGAAUUAAUCUGAUGUAAACACAUAAACAUGAUUUGGGGGAGAAAGGAAUUUCACGCACCCUUGAAAGGUGUUUUAUUACUCUUUUUAAUAAAUAAAAUAUAAUUAGAGCAGAGUAGGAAGAGUCUUAUAACUAUUUUGCUGCCUGAAGGAAAGAACUACAAGGAGCCUUUCCACCCUCUAUCACUCUAUGUAGAAAACCGAAUGCUGACAUGUCGUUGAGUAGCACUGAGGGCAGUAAAUUAGCUUAGGAGGCAUAUAGUAAGUAUACGCGGAAUCAUACAGCAUUAUCUCGUCUCCCUCUACUAUAUACCUCCAGGGUCUGUUGCUUCAUUGUACAAUAUUGAAGCUGGAUGUAGGAGUUGAUGUAUUAAGUUCAGGAAAAUACAACAGAAAUUCUCAUUUAAAGUUAGCAUGGAUUCUUCACCGAACAUACCAGAUUCUAUAUUUUAUUCUUGAAUAGGAGUAAUUUUUCAUGAUAUAUGAACAGAAAGCAUCAUUGCUAGGAAGCUACUGUCAGGAAAGUACUGAAACGAUUUAGUGGGCUUUUGAUAUCUGAGCACCAUUCCAGACAAUCAUGAUACUGUGCAAUAGAUGUGCCAUAUUAAUUAUUUGCUUGUUGCAGGAACUACAGACAUCAGGUUUUCCCAUUAUGAUGGGCCAAAAGCAUUGCAUUGCCUUGGUAACAAAAGCAACAUUUAUCACAAAGAAAAUAUCAAGGCUUUAGAUCAGGGGUGUCCAACUCUGGCAGCAUUGUGGACUUCAAUGCCCAGAAUUCCCCAGAGAGUCACAGGUCCUAAAGUUGCCAAGAUUGGACACCAUUGCUUUAGAUCAGAGGUCUCCAACCUUGGCAACUUUAAGCCUGGUGGACUUCAACAGCAAAGCUGGCUGGAGAAUUCUGGGAAUUGAAGUCCACCAGGCUUAAAGUUGCCAAGGUUGGAGACCCCUGCUUUAGAUAAUACUUAUAUCAAUAGAUGUUUCUAUACUGAUUGGCUAUCAUUCAUUAAAUCAGUGACAAUCCUACUGUGCCUGGGUUAUUUUACAGCACCUUAAUGAGAGCUCUUUCUCUUCUGAGCUAUAUAUAUGGGCUGCUCCAUCCAUCAGAAGCCCUUUGCUUAUAUGUGUAUACAAUUUCAAUUCUAAGAAUUCAUCUAAGGAUUUGACUGGCUUAUCAUAUAUUUAUUUUUAGGCAUCUAAAACUCAAACACCUCUUGUUGGAUUACAUCAGGAAGUAGUUUGAAAAAGUAAGUGGAAAGUCAGGAUUAGCAGCAGAAAUAAGACUCGAGCAGUCUUCAACUGUUCAACUGUUGUUUGUAACCCUGUGUGGUUCCUGAAUGACCACAAAUGUAAACACUACAGGUGUUUAAGGACUUUGUCAUAUUCAAGUAAGAAUAUCUUUUAGGUUUGCCAUCUAAGGUAGCCAUCUAAGGCUACCUAAGCUUAUCUAAGGAUGUGUAUUAGUAUAUGAGAGUGACAUUUUAUAGACAAGGUGCAGACUUAAGGGGUUGUAGGGCCGUUUUAAAAAAGGACCUUGGAUCCAACCAGUUGAAGAGAGGCAGGUAGUUCAUUAAUGAAACCUAAGACUGCUCCUGUACAUAUGCCCUCAGUGCCAGUAAACAUUGUUUUGUGAUGUCUGUAUCAUGCUAGUGUAAGAAAAUAUUGAUGUAUUAGAGCAGGGCUGUCAAACACCCAGCCCAUGCAUCACGUGCUGGCCACGCCCCCACCCUGUUUAGCAAAGGGGGGGAAAGUCCCAAUAUGUCACAUGACACCACCAUGAUGUGAGUUUGACAGCCCUGUGUUAGAGUGACAGUAAGUUAAAAUGCUGGCAAACUGACAACUAGAAGCAUCGGUAGAAAAGGUACUAGAGGAGUAGCAACUGACUCAUUUACUCCACUCAGUUCAAAUAGGUCACUUCAGACCAUAAAGUUGUGUCAACCAAAGUACUAUGGCUGAUUGUGUCAGCCAAAACAGAGGAAUUUAAAUCAGCUCCAAAGCUUUCUUUUAAAUAACUGUAGAACUGUUAUUAUUAUGUUCCUAGCUUUAUAAAAAAACUUUAUUGUACAAGUGUCUUUUUAGUCAGUUGCCAUUUCAGAUAAAUCAUUUUUAAAUAAAAGUGUUGGCUGUAUUUUAAAUGUGUAUUUGUUUUUCAUUUUUAUCAUUACAUUGUUGAGCUAACAGUUUCCACUGAAUGUCUGGUUUUAUGUAAGCCUACGAAGUUGAACUUUUCAACUUUCUACAAGGAACAGUUAUUAACCUAUUCCAAAAUCCUUUAAGGGAGCCUCACAUUUUUUAAUGUGCAUUUAUGGUAUGAUAUGUUCUUGUCCUGUAGGGGACACCCUUGUAACAUUUUUAAUAGAAUGCAUUAAUAACAAGUUUUUACUAAGUAUAAAAAGAUUCAAGGAUUCUUAUAAAGGUAAAGGUAAAUUACCUUUAUAUAUGCUAGUCGUUCCCGACUCUAGGGGGCGGUGCUUGUCUCCGAUUCAAAGCUGAAGAGCCAGCGCCGUCCGAAGACAUCUCUGUGGUCAUGUGGCCGGCAUGACUAAACGCCAAAGGUGCACGGAACUGCCUUUGGUUACUUUCCCACCAAAGGUGGUUCCUAUUUUUUCUACUUGCAUUUUUACGUGUUUUUGAACUGCUAGGUUGGCAGAAGCUGGGACAAGUAACGGGAGCUCACCCCAUUACGCAGCACUAGGGAUUCGAACCGCUGAACUGCCGACCUUUCAAUCGACAAGCUCAGCGUCUUAGCCACUAAGCCACCACGUCCCCAUUUUUGAUUCUUAUCAAAUUAUGUACCUAAUUUAUUUAGGUACAUAAAUUAUAUAGAAAAGAUAAAUGUUAAUUCAGAGUAGCCUUAGAAACCUUACACUAAAAAUACAUUCAAGGCAGUGAUUUUAACAGCUAUAGGCUGAUACAUAGCUUUCCUGUUCCCAAGAUGGCAACUAUAAAGUGCUCCCUACUAGUUAGUUUAAUAACUACUAGUUCCAUUGUUAAUAAUCAGUCCAUACCAUAGAGGAAUUGGGGGGAGGGUUGUAACCUGCAGUUCUCAUAUGUAAAACAUUCUGGGACUUAAACUUAACACUCCAAAAACCAAAUUGUCGCUAUGACUAAUAAACACUCAAAGUUAACUUAUAUGUGGUCUAAAGCAAU